UUCUAAAUAUAUGUAUUUUACGAUUAUUAAAGUUUAAGUUUAGCAGUUGAGGUUCAAUGGGUGUGCCUAAGAUGAAUCUGAUGAUACUGUGCAAUAACUGCUGAUUUGAGCAGCCUAAAUAAAUAAAUAAAUAACCGCGCGUGGCUUUUAUUUUGGCGGAACGCUUCUCCUCUUGGUGCCACACAGUCUUGUGUCGUUGCAUGUUGUCGCCGCUUUCGUCAGAAGGGUUGUUAUUUGUAUUUUUUUUUUUUUUUCCGCGCGUUGGGUUCCUUCCUGAAAGUCGCGCACGGCUGUUGUUGCACGCGUCCAACAUGACUGAGAGCGUGACGGGCGACGGGCUGGCAGUGUUCCUCAGCUGUGCUGGUUACUGCAAUGAAUGGUAACACUAUCCAGCAGCCCGCGAGCAGCAGUGCGCUGCCCAUAGCUCCCCCUUAUGGCUGGACGGAGUUCUGCGAGUUGCAUGCGAGCGCGACAGCACGAGAGCUGGCACAGCAGUACCUGUGCUUCGCCCGGGCCCACCACCCGCACGAUGUCGUCCCUCCGGAGAGCUUCAGCAGGCACUUCAGCACCCUCUUCCAGCGGCACUUCAGUAGGGAGGUGGCCAAGGAGACCCCACCCCCCGCCCCACCCCCUGCGCCGAUGCCCGUGACCGGCCGCCUACGCCUUGCCUCCUUUUCGGGGGCGCUCGACUACCGGGAGGCGGGGCAGCCGAGAGGCGGGGCCUUGUUUGCCGUUCUGGCACACAAACCGGACGUGGUGGGUGGGGCCAGGGAGCAGGAGCAGCUGCUGCGCUGUGCGCCCAAUGACACUACAAAUCGCACGCCUGUCCACAACUUGGAGCCGGAGCCUGCGGAACGUCGCACACCCUCGCCACUGCCCUCCCCUGCCGGCGUCAAUCACUUCUCCGUCAGUCAGAUGCGGCAGAGCGUCCGCCGGCUCUUCAAGAAACGCCCUCUCCCUGACGGCUCCGCCCACAGCUGCUCCGGAGAUGAAUCAGAAAGAAAGGGCGGGGCCUCGGGAACAGCGGAAAACACUCCUCCACCUCGGCCUCACACUCCCCCGGCGGCGGCCUCCGGCGGCCUUUGGAGAGGAGAGGUGCUGCUGAACCGUUUGGGUCUGGGCAGACUGCGUUCCCUCAGAACCAGGAAGCAUCGACAGGAAGCAGACAGCGCCUGGAAGGAAGGGCAGCUCCGCUACCUGGUGGUGGACGACACUAUCUCCGACACGCCCCCAAACUGGGCCCGCUGCCGCCUACUGGUCAGGAGGACCAGCGACAGGUUCCAGCUGGAGCUUUACGACCCACCCAAGGGUUCAAGUCCAAAGCUUAAAGCACGAUGUUCUGACAUACGGGAGAUUCGACGCUGUAAUCGACUAGAGAUGCCAGAUAACAUAAACACAUUUGUAGUAAAGGUUAAUCAUUGCUCUGGCAGUAGUUUUAUAUUUGAAGCAGAUGAUGAGCAACAGGUAAACUCCUGGACUUCAGAGCUCAGAGGGCAUAUCACCGCAAGUGUGGAUCCAGAGCCUCCUUGUUUUCCUGUGAAUGAUUCUGUAGCCACGGUGCGAAGGGAGAGCACUGAAUCUGGAAGCCAAGGCUCUCCAGGCUUUGUUCUGGCAGAGCAGGCGUACCAUAAAACAGACCACUUCCUGUCCUCCUACCCAUGGUUCCACGGGCCCAUAUCACGCGUGCGUGCCGCAAACCUGGUGCAGCAUGCUGGGGUCGGCGGUCAUGGCAACUUCCUGGUCCGACAGAGUGAGACACGGAGGGGAGACUAUGUCCUCACCUUCAACUACCAGGGCAAGGCCAAGCACUUGCGACUCUCUCUGACGGAGUGGGGCCAGUGUCGUGUGCAGCACCUCCGUUUUCGCUCGGUCAUGGACAUGCUCGUCCACUUCCGUGUCUGUCCAAUCCCACUCGAGUGCGGGACAGCAUGUGACGUCCUGUUGGCCAGUUAUGUGCUGGCUACUCCCACCUACUCAGGUCACUGCUCCGCUCUGGGUUCUCCGGUGCUGGUUCCUUUCUCUCGCUGCAGCUCUGAGCCCAGCCUUGCUCACUGCAGCCUGGACCCUGUCACUCCACCGGACCCGUCCAGCGCGCCGCCUGCUGGAGCCCACCCUGGAGCCUCCGCUUCCAACGCCCUCGCCUUCCGUUCACCCCUCCCUUUACUGCCCAACCACCCCACCCCCGCGCCUGUCCCUGGCCCCGUCCUGCUCCGCCGUAGUGAGUCGGUAGGCCGUAGAACUCUCCUCCGGCACCCAAACCCCCUCCCUCCACUGCUCCACAAUCGGGACUCAGAUUACGAACUUGAUCCGUCAGAUAGGGGGCGCAAGAGAGCCAUCGACAAUCAGUAUAUGUUUUACUGAAGGAGAAAAACCGAGAGAGAGAAGCUAGGUCCUGCCAGAACACUCAUACAGCUCUCCACAGCCAUUGUGUGUUACCCCCACUGGCAGGCAGAAGAGAAGCCAGCAGAUUCUCUGGUGUGAGCAGAUGAAGGAAGAGAGAGGGUCUGUAUCUGUUCCCUUCUCAACGCCUUUCCUCUUGCCACCAUGACACGGGGUUCUGUGUGAGAGCCCCCUGCAGCAAGAGGAAUUGGUGCAAAAAGCCCUCAGCAAAUCUGAACAGCUACAGGAAUCCAUAUUCCACAGUUCAUUGCGUCGGAUGGUCGACUGGAAAGUCACUUGUAGUCACUUGUAGCAGGGUGAAGUUCAGACAGGUCAAGACAGUCGAAAGAAUGCUGGUCACACACACACACACACACACACACACACACACACACACACACACACACACACACACACACACACACCUGUGUACUGUGAGCAAGCUAUCAUGCCAGACACAAUCUUCCACUUGCUUCAGUAGGAAGUCUGACAGCCAUGUCCUUUUUGAAUGUAUUUUUUAUUAAAUAGACACUCCAGAGGCAGGUCUUUUCACUGCAAACAAACAAGCACCAGCAGAAGUGCCCAGCUCAUGAUUGGCUUGGUGUGGUGUUGCCAUGUGUGAUUGUAGGGUUCUCUGUUGAAUGGUCUUCCCAAUUCCUGGCUCAUUUGGCGCAUAUGUAGUUUUUCUGGAAUAUUUUAAAGCUAGCUCUCUUGAAUGGCUGAAAUUUGUUGGUGUUUCUUUGAUAGUGUGGCAGACCACUGAGUGAGAGUAUUAUGUAUGUGACAGAGACAGCAAUAAUCUCCAGGGUGACCACCCAGAAAUCCUGGUCCCCAGAAACCUCAGUCCCCAGAGAACCCUGAUCCCCAGAAACAGCAGCAUGCCAGCACAAUUCUGUCCUGGCUUCCACACACCAUAGUGGAUUUUUAAAAAAUUGGUUUAAAACAUAUUCUAAAUAAAAUUUGUAGAAUUGGUCACUAGAAGCAAGAAAACAUAUGAUGGCACAUGUUCCAUGUGUAAAUCAGAAAAUAGUUUUGUAUGGUAUGGCUUGUUCUUACUUAAUCAAUUGAGGAAAAUGUGGGUGUUCUUUUGUAAAAUAGUGGGGAUUCAUUUUACACAGUGUCAUUAUUCCAUUAAACUUAAAAACAAGAUUAAGCAACAAGGAAGCAUUUCUGAUAUACACUUUUGCUUAAGUUGCCAGUCUAAUAUAUUAUGAAGGAAGAAUAUAACAUUAAGAAAAUGUUUGUAGUUAUUUCAGAUAUGUAUCCCCUUAAGACAAGUGUCAUGAAACUGGCAUUUUUCAGUUUGAAGUUCUGAACUUUAAAAGUUCACUGUUCAUUGCAUCUACCUAAAGACCAAAUGAGCAGGUUGUACAGUGCAGCUGCAGAUGGAAGUGGAAAUCAAACCAAUGUGUGCAAACAUUUUUUAUAAACCAUUCCCAUGCCAGCAGCCACAAGUGCCUGUUCAAAGAUUACUGUCCAACACACACACACACACACACACACACACACACACACACACCUACCUUAAAAAUAUAUAUUUUAAUGUUUAGUUAAAGACAUUGCGCUUUGAGCAAGAAACAUUUUGAUUGGGAGAACAAAUAUAUACCACCAAAUUGUCAUAAGCUUGUAGAUGUGGUCACACACACACACACACACACACACACAAAUUGUUGUAAACUGGUAUAUGUGGUCAUGUGGCACAGGUGAAUGAAGCAGAUGAUAGGAUGUUCAUUCCUGUAAUUGUCGGACUUGAGAUGUUGGAAUGCUCUAAUGUUCCAAAUGCUGUGAAUGGUGCUUUCCAACAAAGUUCCUAGCCAUCAAAAAAAAAAAAAAAAAAAAGCCAAAAUUAUUAAGAUCUGACCAUGGUCCACAGGUAAACUGAUAUACUAAUACUUACCUCUGUCAUUUUUAGAAUUAAUUUUCUGUGUUUUAAGUGUUGAAGUUGUUAGGUCAUUGAGAUCAUAAACCUGUUGUUUUCUAACACACAUACACAGACACCACACAUUCAAUCUCAACUCCUGUGGUUCAUAGCACUCAGCUAUGAUAUCACAAUAGUGAAAAACAAACUGAAAGCAGGUAGCUUUGACUUUAGUUUUAAAGCCUUUAGAAAACCUUUUAAAAAGAAUUUAAUUUAUUCAUAUUCUUCACUUUGUCUUUCAACAUAUGGAUUAGCCGAGUGUCACAGAAGCGGAAAGAUCAGACCACGUAGCAUGCGCUUCUUUCAGGCUAUACUUUUCUUUAUAUCCAAUCCGCUGUAGAGUACGUGGUCAUGCGCAGGAAGACACAAAGUGACAAUCUUGAUAACUGCUGGUUUUCAUGUUGCUCCCAUAGGUUACAUUAUUGUUAGUCACAUUAACAUUUUUGGCUUGUUUGCCCCUUGGUAGCGGUGGAGGUGUGUACUAUAGCAAACACCAGCGCCCCCUUCUGGGAGAGAGACCAGCUCUGCCAAAGAAUUUUUAAAAAAUGUUUAAAUCCGUUUGUGAUUUGGAAACCAUUUGGCUAAGUAAGCAAACUAUGCAAUGCAAAAGUCACAACUCACAAUGGUUCUGCGAUUCAGCUGUGCAGUAGAAAGCAACGGUAUCCCUCUCACUCCUCGCUUGCUCUUCUCUCCUGAGUGGUGGGCAUGGUGUUCCAAAAAAUGCUGUCAAUGUGAAAAUUAUUGCACCAGUAUUUUUCAGCAUUCUGGGGAAUAGUUCACGCUGAUCCACUCACUGCCAUGCUUUCAGAAGCCCAUGGUUCUCAUCUGCUUAGUGUAUGGGUCUGGAGUGUAAGCCUGCACUUUUUGCAGGGUAUAUGAUCAAGCACUGACUUUUCUCAAUAUAGCUAUGACACGGAAUCCUUUAUAAUGCCUCUUGAUGGUGUUAAUUGACGUUACCAUUUUAAUUGACAUGUUACCAUGUUUUGUUUUGUUUUAUUCUGUAUGAAUGGAAAAGCCAACUGUAGACAUUAUUCACUACCUCGCAAUGCAUUAUGGACUGUGCGUUCCAGGUGGGCUGUUUGCUGAUUGGGUGAGAUGGAAAUGAAUCUCCUCUCCUCUGAAUGGAUUUUCAUUACAACUGAUGUAUGAUGUGUUAAUAUUUUCAGAUAAAAUAAUUUCUUAAAUCA